AUGAACAAUACGGGUAUGAGAUCCAUCUUGUUGCGCUUCGACCUCCUGUAUGCUGGUGCAGACGCUGCCAUGAAGAGACGACUACAGAAGGCGCUAGACGUAAUUCGCAGCGCCAUCGACAUUUUUGGCUUAGAGGGUGUUUGCUUUAGCUUUAAUGGUGGUAAGGAUUCGACUGUAAUACUGCAUCUACUUCGAAUUGUUAUAGCCAAGCGCGUACUCGAGGAGGUGCAGCUAGAGCGCAUUCACGAGGCCGUCGAUUGUCCCAAGACUAUUACAUCGCCGCGAAACAGUUUUCUAUCAGCUGAUUUAAUGGACGAAGAUGAGUUGGAAGCUCGAGUUAUGGCACAAUUACAGCGCGUGCCCGUCAUGUAUUUCGACUCGUACGACCAGUUCCAGGAGGUGCGAGAAUUCACGGAGAAAUGCACCAAGCAAUAUGGACUCAGUUGCCACGUAUAUAAAUGCUCAUUUGUUGAGGGUGUUAAAGACAUUCUGGACAAGCUUCAAAUAAAGGGCAUUUAUAUGGGUGUGAGGGGUGGAGACCCACAUACGGAAGACAUGGAACAUUUUUCGCCAAGCAGCCCUGGGUGGCCUGCUUUUUUACGUGUGAACCCCAUACUUAAGUGGACAUACGCUGAUGUUUGGAAAUUUUUGCGUAAUUGUGAUCUGGAUUAUUGCUCGUUGUAUGACCACGGGUACACAUCACUUGGAAAUGUCUUUGAUACCGUGCAGAACCCAGAGCUUUGGAGGAAAGGCGAAGACGCAAAGGAAGGAUAUUACUUGCCAGCUCAUGAUCUGAAAGAUGGCAGUUCUGAACGCUGUGGACGACAAAAGAAGGCUCAUACGACAUCAAAAUCGGAUUAA